AUGGCAACCAGCCCUCCACCAAUACCGGACCUUUCCCCAACCAAGUCCAUUGCUCAAUCACCCCCAAGAUCGCCUUCCAAGUCGCCUUCCAAAUCAUAUCCUCAGUCGCCUACCAGAUCGCCCCUCAAGUCUCCCAUCAAGGCCUCGUCUCAGGAGUAUCCCGAUUCUCCCACCAUCACACCACAAGUGGAACCUCUGGUUGAAGGACCAACUACAAUAGGCCUCGAGGAACUAGAGACUAUGGCAUCAGAGAGCAGGAACCAGCAAGGGCAGCAACUCCGUUCGCAGAUGAGAACACCGGAUCCCCAGGUUCGACGCAGUCAAGCAGGCGGCGGCCAACUGAAUGGCCAAAGAGCCAAUGUUCAAACCACGCCAAGCACGCCUGGUCAUCUUCCUCCAUUCGAUUGGGACGACCUGGAAUCGCGAUACGAGCAAGCUCUUGCCGAAGCAAGUGAGCAGGAUAAGGAGUUGCUCCAGGAAUUCGAGAGUCUGGUCAAGUACUUCAAUGUUUGGGCUUCAGCAGCGUCUGCGCACGACAAUGAACGUGCCACGAAGCGACUGCAAACUCGCGAGAGGUUCGUCAGGAUCUCUGAGCAGAGCCUCGACCAAAGGAAACGACAUUUAACCGAAGUCGUCCAUGGUAUUGCCGGCCUCGAGGCGAAGCUGUCGCCUAAAAACUUCGAGGCCCCGAGCUUUGGAGCUCUGGUCUGUUCCACACCACCACUGCUGGAUAAGGAAUUGGAGAAAACUGUCGACCAGACGUCGUCAUGGUGGGAACCGACAAGCUCACCUGGCAACAUCGCGGCGAUGGCCCCGUUUGAGAUCCCACAAGUGACUCAGGCUGAUAUCCUUGGCUUCCAAGAAACACACUUCUCUCUGCAUGCGAUCGCCAGCUUCGACUCGCAAUUUCUUCAGCCCCUCGGCCACGAAGCUGAAAAAUAUCAAGACGGCAACGAGACUGCCGAUUACAUAGACGAAGACGACGAUGGACUUGGUUACUACGCGGACGGCGUGAAGCGCACUCUGACAGACGAGCAAAUCGCGAUCUUCCGGCAUUCAGAACUCGAGGCGCUGAAACGGGCUGCCAGAGGCACGGCCUCGCAGCGCCGUUCGAGCCCUGCAGAGACAGGACAGCUCGCAGAUGCGAAAGACUUGGAAGAUGGAGAAGUAUUGGGACCUGCGACCGACGCCGACACAUCUUCUUCUUCUAAGAAGAGGAAGAACCGAAAGAAGGCCGCUAAGAACAGGAGGACAGAGGAGAAGAAGCCUGACCUACGAAAGCGCACCUGGGAUGUGGUUGACAGCGGGCUGGAGAGCUUGGAUUACGACGAAAUGGAAUCGGCACCAAAGAUGCGAGUCAACCCAUCCCAACGGCGACAGAUCUCGUACGAUGAUGGGUAG